AUGGAGAGUGAGGAAGAGGACAUGGACUAUAGGGGAGGCGGAGCUUCCCAAGCGCCGUCUACGUCUACGUCUACGUCUACGUCUACGUCUACGUCUACGUCUACCCGCUCCGUGGUCUCGGCGUGUGGAGGGAGCUUUGUGGCGUCGGCUCUUCGGGCUGAGGCCCGAGCCAGAGACUUUAAAAUGGACAAAAUUGAUUUUCGUUUCAUGGACUUCAAAGAAAUUGUUGAAAACCUGAUUGCAGAAGACAAUUUGGCUAGCAUACCCGAGGCAAUUAAUAGACUCUUCAUGGACAUAGCAAAUAUCAACAGGGAGUCUAUGGCUGAAAUACAGGAUUCUGAGGUUGAAGAAAUGGCCAUAUACCUGUGGAACUGGGCAGUUACCAAGAGAGUAGGUUUGGCUAUAAAUGAAGAGCAGAAAGCUAAAUUAUGGCAUGUUGCUUGCAAGUUGGUGCUUAUGUGUGACGGCUCAGCUGCUUCAGAAGAAGCUAUUCGAGGACAAAUUUUGAUGAGUUUGACAACUGGAAAAGAGUGGGUGGAUUUUGGAAAUGCUGUGAUUGCUGAUGAAUUUUUUCAAGCUGCCAUAGUUAGUCUGGAGCAAUUAUAUGCCAAAUUAAUGCAGAGGAGCUUCACUGAGGCCCAUGUAAUUGUACAGAAGACUACUGUGGAGCGAGACCUUUUCAGAGUGCUUUCUUAUCAAGCAGAGUCAGCAAUUGCUCAAGACAAUUUUCAAAGAGCAUCUACAUGUGUACUGCGCUGUAAAGAUAUGUUGAUGAGGCUUCCCAAAAUGGUCGGAUAUCUUCAUACGCUCUGUUACAACUUUGGAGUAGAAACCUAUCAUCAGAAUAAAUAUGAAGAAAGUUCUUUCUGGCUUAGCCAAAGCUAUGAUAUUGGGAAGAUGGAUGAGAGUUCUGUUGGGCCAGAAAUGCUGGCUAAAGUUCUACGGUUACUAGCCACUGCUUAUUUGAAGUGGGACAAGAGAGAAUGUGUUGAUAAGGCUCUCGGAGCUAUAGACCUAGCAAACAAGCAAGGUUUAAAUCCAGCUGGACUUUUCUUAAAGAUGAAAAUCCUCUUGAAGGGUGAAACAGCUAAUGAAGGACUUCUUGAAGCUGUCAUGGAAAUACUACAUUUUGACAUGCCUUUAGACUUCUGUCUGCACAUUGCAAAACUGCUGAUGAAUCAUGAAAGAGCAUCUGUUGGGUUUUAUUUCCUGAAGAUUAUCUGUGAACGUUUUAAGUCAUCAGAAAAUAUUGGUAAAGCUCAACUGUUCCACAUUGACAUGCUUUUACAAAGGAAGGAAGAAAUGCUUGCCAAGGAGAAGAUUGAAGAAAUCAUUAAAGGUCACCAAACAGGAAGACGACUGACAACAAACUUAGUAGGCUAUUUACAAAACAUUCUAUGGAGAAAAGCUGCCAGAAGUUUUGAGGUACAAGAUUAUGCUGAUGCCCUACACUGGUACUAUUAUUCUCUGAGAUUUUAUGCAACUGAUCAAAUGGAUCUGGACUUGGCCAAGCUACAGAGGAACAUGGCUUCUUGUUACCUGCAUCUGGAACAAUUUGAUAAGGCUAAAGAGGCAGUGGCAGAAGCUGAACGAUGUGAUCCUACAAAUAUUUUCACUCAAUUUUAUAUAUUCAAGAUUGCAGUCCUAGAGGGCAACUCUGACAGAGCUUUGCAGGCAGUUACUACCUUAGAGAAUUUAUUAGCAGCUGAAGAACAAGAAGAGACUAACAUCCUUACAGAUAGAGGUUCAGCUGUCAUGCUCCUCAGUUUAGCUGCCCAGUUUGCUCUAGAGAAUGAACAACGAAUUGUGGCAGAAAAAGCUUUGGAAUGUUUAGCUCAAUGUUCAGAAGACCCACGACAAGUCCUUGCAGCUUUAAAGUGCUGGUUUCAUCUUGUUCUUCCAAAAGUUUCUCAAAUGCCAGAAUCUGAAGACAAGAAGAAAGAAAUGGAUAGACUGUUGACUUGCUUGAAUACAGCACUCCUGAAACUUGCUCAGUAUAUUGGUGGAGAAGCCUCGACUUCAGACUCAAGGACUAAUGAAGCUCAAUGGUUUCGAAAAAUAGCUUGGAACUUGGCUGUGCAAUCUUGCAAAAACCCAGUGACAAUGAGAGAGUUUUUCAUACUUUCUUAUAAGCUGUCCCAGUUUUGUCCUUCUGAUCAAGUAAUUCUGAUUGCACAGAAAACAUGUUUACUUAUGGCAGCUGCAGGUGAUCUAGAGCAAGGGAGAAAAGCUUCAACAACUUUGCAACAGACCAUGUUACUGAGUCGUGCACUUGAUGAGAUCCACAAAUGCAAAGACAUCUGGAAUCUCCUGAAAGAAACAGGGGACUUCUCAGGUGAUCCAUGUGAGACAUUGCUUCUGCUGUAUGAGUUUGAAGUUAAAGCCAAAAUGAAUGACCCAUUACUGGACAGCUUCCUGGAAUCAGUGUGGGAACUGCCUAAUUUAGAAAGUAGAACAUUGGAAAUAAUUGCAUCAUUAGCAAUGGAAAUGCCUGCACACUAUCCUUCUAUUGCUCUAAAGGCCUUGAAAAAGGCUUUAUUUCUCCACAAAAAGAAAGAAUCAAUUGACGUUUUGAAAUACAGCAAAUGUAUGCGCAGCUUGGUUAACCUCUUAGUGCCACAUGGGGUGCCAAAUGCAGAACUCUGUCCCCCGGAAGAAGUUUGGGGCUAUCUUGAAGAUACUCUGAGCCUUAUCAGGCACACCGAAGGCUACCCAGAAGUGGAGAUUCUCUGGCUGAUGGCCAAGUCCUGGAAUACUGGAAUAUUUAUGUACAGCAAGAAAAAGUGUGUAUCUGCUGAAAAAUGGUGUGGCCUGGCAUUCCGUUUCCUUGACCACCUUGGCUCCCUCAAGAGUAGCUAUGAAACUCAGAUGAAUGCUCUGCAGAGUGCGCUUGUGGAAGCAUUAGAUAAAAACAAGGGCUCAGUUUGUAGUAAAGAAUGA